AUAUAUAUAUAUAUAUAUAUAUAUAUAUAUUUUUUUUUUUUUUUAUUAUUAUUUUUUUUAUGUAUUUAUUUUUUUCUUAAAUUACUCAAAUGAUGUUUACCAGAGCUAGGAAAUUUUCACAGUAUUUCUGAUAAUAUUUUUUCUUCUGGAGAAGGUCUUGUUUUAUUUCAGAAAGAAUAAAAGCAGUUUUUAUUUUUUUUUUAUAAUUUUAAGGUCAAAAUUACUAGCCCCUUUAAGCUAUAUAUUUUUGUCGAUAGUCUACAGAACAAACCAUCAUUAUAAAAUAACGUGACUAAUUAUCCUAACCUGCCUAGGUAACCUAAUUAACCUUUUUUAAGCCUUAAAGUAGUGUCUUGAAAAAUAUCUAGUCAAAUAUUAUUUACUGUCAUCAUGGCAUAAAUCAGUUAUUAGAAAUGAGUUAUUAAAACUAUUAUGAUUAGACAUGUGUUGAAUUUUCAUGUGUUGAAAUGUGUUGAACCAUUAUUUUGGAUGGGAUAAGAACUUUAUACAUAUGCUUAAAAAAUUAUAAAUAAAAGACAGUUUGUGAGAACUUAGAUGUAUAAGAAAACCCAGCUAUCUGUAUAUUUAAUAAAAAUGUGUGUCUAUUUUUUCCCCUCUUUACAGAUCAGGCAAGAGAAGGCUCAUAAACAUGUGGCAAAACAACAGAAUCAGAAGCAAUAUGGAGAACCUUUGUUUUAAUCCAGAACGCCGACUCAAGGGAACAUCAUCAGUAAAGCAUUUCUAACAGAUCAGUUAGGCUGAAUAGUAGCCCACUUUUAUCCUCAAGGCUGCUUGGAAUUCAGUCUGGUAGUCCUCAACAGGAUUCUAGAUAGCAUGUGUGAAGAACCUCAGUGGCCUUAUCUUUUUUGCCCAUGUGGUUGUCAAUUAAGGAUUUGAUGUUUCUUAAAUGACCUCCACCAUAUUUUCCUGAAAAUAGCAUAAAGGAGUUUUAUUGUUUUUUAUUGCUCAAGGAUCCCUUGUAGCAUACGCUCUGGCUACCAUGCCUCCCCAUUGCCAGCCUCAUUGUGUACUCUUGCUGCUCAGCACCUUCUUGAGUCUUGGUUUGGGCCUGGAGUUCACAGGUUCAGAGGGUCAGUGGGCACGCUAUCUUCGCUGGGAUGCCAGCACCAGAAGUGACCUCAGCUUUCAAUUCAAAACGGCAAUAUCAGAUGCUCUGGUUCUCUACUUUGAUGAUGGAGGAUAUUGUGACUUCCUGCUUCUGAGUAUUGAGGAUGCCAAGCUCAAGUUGCAUUUUAGCGUGGACUGUGCAGAAACCACUAUAACCUCUGACAAGAUGGUAAACGACAGUCACUGGCACUUUGCUACAAUCAGCAGGCACAACUUGCGAACCGUGUUGGCGUUGGACGGAGAUUCUAAGGUGGAUGAGGUGAGACCACAAAGGCAGUUCAUGAAAAUUGUCAGUGACCUGUAUCUUGGAGGUGUCCCUCAAGACAUUCGGACAUCUGCCCUAACACUACCAGCAGCUAAAGAGAUGCCACCAUUCAAGGGGAUUAUUACAGACCUGGGUUACGGCAAUAAGGUUCCAACACGACUUGGGAGCCAAAAGGUCCGGUUAGAGAUGGAAGGUUUUUGUACAGAGAACCCCUGUGAAAAUGGAGGCAGUUGCAGCAUGGCUGAUGGUGAGGCUUACUGUGACUGCUCUAAAACAGGAUAUGCAGGACGGUACUGCAACGAAGCUGUCAACAAAACCCCUGGAUUCGCACAUAUGGUGAAGUCUCCGCAAGCACGGGAGGAGAAUGUGGCAACUUUCCGAGGCUCGGAAUACUUUUGCUAUGACUUAUCUCAGAAUCCUAUCCAGAGCAGUAGUGAUGAGAUCACUUUGUCCUUCAAAACUUGGCAACGCAAUGGUCUGAUCCUCCACACGGGCAAAUCGGCUGACUAUGUUAACCUGGCAUUGAAGGAUGGCGCCGUUUCAUUGGUCAUCAACCUGGGCUCAGGAGCCUUUGAGGCAAUAGUUGAGCCCGUCAAUGGAAAGUUCAAUGACAACGCCUGGCAUGACAUCAAAGUGACACGCAACCUGAGACAGCACUCAGGCAUUGGACACGCUAUGGUAAACAAACUACAUUGUCUGGUUACUAUAUCGGUGGAUGGUAUACUCACCACCACAGGAUACACUCAGGAGGAUUACACUAUGCUGGGCUCUGAUGAUUUCUUCUAUGUUGGGGGAAGCCCAAGCACUGCAGACCUUCCUGGAUCUCCCGUCAGCAAUAAUUUCAUGGGCUGCUUGAAAGAGGUGGUUUACAAGAACAAUGACAUACGAUUGGAACUCUCUCGUCUGGCCCGCAUCGCAGACCCCAAAAUGAAGCUACAAGGAGAUAUUGUGUUUAAAUGUGAGAAUGUCCCCACCCUCGACCCCAUCUCUUUUGAGACGGCGGAAUCCUUCCUCGGCCUGCCGAAGUGGAACACCAAGCGUGUGGGCUCCAUUUCCUUUGAUUUUCGGACCUCAGAGCCCAACGGACUCAUCCUCUUCACGCAAGGUAAACCACAGGACAAAAAAGAUUCUCGUAGCCAGAGGAGCAACAAAGUAGACUUCUUUGCCGUGGAACUUCUAGAUGGACAUCUUUAUCUUUUGCUGGACAUGGGAUCAGGGACAAUUAAAGUUAAAGCCACGCAGAAUAAGGUCAAUGAUGGAGUCUGGCACCAUGUGGACAUCCAGAGAGAUGGAAGAUCUGGAAUCAUCUCUGUGAACAGCCGUCGGACUCCGUUCACUGCCAGUGGAGAGAAUGAGAUUCUAGACCUGGAGGGUAACCUAUAUCUCGGAGGUCUACCAGAUAACCGCGCUGACCUGAUCCUUCCCACCGAACUGUGGACCGCUAUGCUGAACUAUGGCUAUGUAGGCUGCAUUCGUGAUCUCUUCAUAGAUGGGCGCAGUAAAGAUAUUCGGCAGAUUGCUGAGGCCCAGAAUGUAGGGGGAAUUAAGUCAUCCUGCAGCAAAGUAACAGCCAAACAGUGCGACAGCAACUCCUGCAAAAACAAUGGCAUCUGCAAAGAAGGCUGGAACCGCUUCAUCUGCGACUGCACCGGGACAGGGUACUGGGAUCGAACCUGUGAGAGAGAGGCAUCAAUCCUAAGCUAUGAUGGCAGCAUGUACAUGAAGGUGGUGAUGCCGACGAUCAUACAUACAGAAGCAGAGGACGUGUCUCUGAGGUUCAUGUCCCAACGUGCUUUUGGCUUGUUGAUGGCUGCCACGUCACGUGAGUCUGCAGACACACUACGACUAGAGCUGGACAGCGGCCGUGUCAAACUAAUCGUCAAUUUAGGUAAAGGACCAGAGACAUUGUAUGCUGGCCAGAAAGUCAAUGACAAUGACUGGCACUCUGUCAGAGUUACGCGGCGUGGUAAAAACAUCAAACUUAUGGUGGAUGAUGAUGUAGCUGAAGGUCAGAUGAAUGGUGAUCACACUCGGCUAGAGUUUAGCAAUGUUGAGACUGGAAUCCUGACGGAACGGCGAUUUGCCUCCACGGCUCCGUCUAACUUCAUUGGUCACCUGCAAGGCCUGAAGUUUAAUGGCCUCCUCUACAUCGACAUGUGCAAGAACGGAGACAUCGAAUUUUGCGAGCUCAAUGCUCGUUUUGGGAUGCGCUCCAUCGUGGCUGACCCUGUUACCUUCAAGACUAAAGGAAGCUAUCUGGGACUUGCUACACUCCAGGCGUAUAGCACAAUGCACCUCUUCUUUCAGUUUAAAACCACCUCUGGUGAUGGAUUCAUUCUCUUUAACAGUGGAGAUGGGAAUGAUUUUAUUGCCGUGGAGCUUGUCAAAGGAUACAUCCACUAUGUGUUCAACCUGGGAAACGGGCCGAGUCUUCUGAAAGGAAACAGCGACAGUCCUCUUAACGACAACCAGUGGCACAAUGUUGUGAUUACUCGAGACGCAAGCAACACCCACACACUAAAAGUGGACGCUAAGUCUGUCAGCCAAGUUGUCAAUGGAGCAAAAAAUCUGGACCUGAAAGGUGAUCUAUUUGUGGCUGGUUUGGGCCCCAACAUGUACCAGAACCUGCCCAAGCUGGUGGUGUCUCGUGAAGGAUUUCAAGGCUGCUUAGCUUCCAUGGAUCUAAAUGGCCGUCUGCCUGACCUCAUCAAUGAUGCUCUGUUCCGCAGUGGGCAGAUUGAGCGUGGCUGUGAAGGGCCUAGCACUACAUGCCAGGAGGAUUCCUGUGCCAACAUGGGCGUUUGCAUCCAGCAGUGGGAGAACUUCACCUGCGACUGCUCCAUGACCUCUUACUCUGGCACCCAGUGCAAUGACCCUGGAGCAACGUACAUCUUUGGAAAGGGCGGGGGACUUAUCAUGUACACAUGGCCCAACAAUGAAAGGCCAAGCACUCGAACUGAUAGACUGGCUGUGGGUUUCAGCACCACCAUCAAAGAUGGAAUUCUUGUCCGCAUCGACAGCGCCCCCAGACUAGGAGACUACAUCAUGCUUCAUAUCGAAGAAGGAAAGGUGUGUGUUACAUUUAACAUCGGCACAGUGGACAUCAGCGUCAAAGAGAUGACUACAGAAGUCAAUGAUGGAAAGUAUCAUGUGGUGCGCUUCACAAGGAAUGGGGGAAAUGCUACUUUACAGGUGGACAACUGGCCAAUCAACGAGCACUUUCCAUCAGGCAACAGCGACAUUGAGCGUUUUCAAAUGGCUAAUAAGAAAAUCCCGUUCAAAUAUACCCGGCCGGUCGAAGAUUGGCUACAUGAGAAAGGUCGUCAGCUGACAAUUUUUAACACCCAAGCCACCAUCUCAAUAGGCGGUAAUGACCGCAAGAGGCCAUACCAAGGCCAGCUGUCUGGUCUCUAUUAUAAUGGCCUGAAGGUUCUCAACAUGGCUGCCGAAGGUCAUGCUAACAUCAAAAUAAAUGGCAGCGUGAGACUGGUUGGGGAUGUACCUACCAGCAGAAGCCCUUCACGCACAACCACAUCCAUGCCCCCGGAGAUGUCUACCACCUUCAUUGAGACCACCACCACUUUGUCAACCACCACUACUCGCAAACAGCGAUCACCACCCACAAUUCAGUUUUCCAGUACAGCCCAAAGCUCUUUUGCCACCCGAACGCUUCGUACCGCCCUUACAUGGACAUGGCAACUGAUGUACACGUUCACUUCCAUCUAUUUCAUUUCCUACCUAGUCUGUUCAUAGGCCUCUCCCUCCUCUCUCUCUUUCUCUAUCUCUCACUCUCUCCUCCUCUUUCUCCCCCCACCCCAAUGAUACACUAUGUAAAGUCAUUUAAGAAUUCCUAUUUAAAAAAAAAAGAAAAUAUGAAGCUGUAAAUACUUUAUUGCAAAGUUAUCUUUAAAACAAGGAAAAGAAAAAUGUACAGUUCCUUUUGUAGAGAAAAGGAUUUAUUAUCAAAUGAGCAGAAUGGUGAAGUUAUUUUUCAUGUCAUGGUGUGAAUGUAUGUGUCGUUGCCUCCCUGUUUCAUUCUGUCUUAGAGAAAAAUAACUAUAUAUUAGACCUGAGGAUAAAUUAAUUGCCUAACUACAUCUUUAGAGAUUAACCAUACUUAUCCCCAAGCAUUCUUUCACCACUUUCUUUUGUAAAUUUUUUUUUUCCUCCUGCCAAAAACAUGCGGGCAAUUUGUUGAUGUAAGAGGGGAGUUAGUCAUCCCCGUUCUAGUCGAGGAUCCUAUAGACAUCCCUCCUAUUUCCACUCGGGUCCCUUUCAUCCCCCUUCCCCCGACCCUUCACCCUGUCCUCACCAUUAUUGAAACCACCAAAGAGUCCCUGUCAAUUGCCACCGAGGCGGGGGUACCUUGCUUUUCGGACCAAGGCAGAGAUGAUUGUGAUGAUGAUGAUGGUGAUGAUGAUGAUGGUGAUGGCUUGGUGAUUUCGGGGUUUGGCUCUGGGGAGGUCUUCGACUCUAGCCUCCCCCCUACUGACGAUGAAGAUUUUUACACCACCUUCUCCCUGGUAACAGAUAAGAUCUUGACUACAUCGACUUAUGAAGGUGGCUACAAAGCUCUUGCGCCCAAGUGGGAAGAAAAGGACUUUAAACCAAAAAAGCCUUCUGAGGUGGGCAGGAUUACGGCCAUCCCGCCACUGCCUGACCUCAGGAGCUCGGCAGCAUCACCUGUCAGACCUGAGCCUGCUCCCAAAAUCCCAGCAGGGAAAAUGAAUAACCGCGAGGUCAAACCCCAACCGGAUAUAGUGCUGCUGCCGCUCCCCACGUCUUUCGAUAUGGAUGGCACCAAACCGAAGGGGCCGUACAUCACACAGCCCAUGUUGCGGACCAUCCCCAGUGCCCUACCCACUGUGCCAGGUAUCAGGAGAGUGCCCCCUGGUGCCUCGGAGGUAAUACGAGAGUCCAGCAGCACUACGGGCAUGGUGGUGGGUAUCGUUUCUGCUGCUGCUCUUUGCAUUCUCAUCCUUCUCUAUGCCAUGUACAAAUACAGAAACAGGGACGAGGGUUCCUAUCAGGUAGAUGAAACCCGGAACUACAUCAGUAAUUCGGCACAGAAUAACGGCACAGUAGUGAAAGACAAACAGCCCAGCACUAAAGGUGCCAGUAACAAGAGACCCAAAGACAAGGACAAGGAAUACUAUGUAUAAAAGAACAUUCCAAUGACAAAACACAGAGACAGAGCAACAUCUGAGAAAUCAUGAACAGGGGAAAUUGAUUUUACACAGAAAGUACUUUAAGAACUCAAACAGAGUCAAAACGAUUCACAAGUUUUGUGAUUUGAAGCACACUUAAGCGCAUGGUGAGCAUAGGGAGAAAGCAAAUCAGGACCUUGAUACCUUGUGUCUGAUUGUGGGACGGUGCCAGUGUAAAAUAUGUCAUUGUUACAUUGUUAUCCCUCAAGUGACUUUCUGAGGUACAAAAUCCUUGGUGUAAAAAAAACGAAAAGAAAAAAAAAAGAAAGCAAAAAAUACCCUUGUCCAUUGUAACCCUGUACAAAUCAACUACAGUCAUGGAUAAUGGUCAUGAUUUCGGGCAUGCAUGUGAUGUGUGUGAUAUAGCACUGAUGUCUUCGCAAGGAGGAAAGCUAGAGAAUGUUGUUUUGGGAAUGGAAAGUGGGAAUAUUUGCCAUAAACAGUACUUUUCUAACCCACACAGGUGAAGAAAUGUUUGUCUUUUUUUAUUGUGCUGUUGGAAUAUGUUUCAGGGUUUACUCUGCAAAAGAUUCAUUUUAUUUACAUACUUUUUUUCCCCUUUUGUUUCCAUGUAAUUUUUCCCAUCUAUUUCUUUCCUGAUUGUCUAUCAAGGAACUUCAUUUGUAUUCUGACUGAUUUAUGCACAGAUACAUCUGCUAAGCAUACAUUUCAUAUGGAAAACAAGGCAUCCUACAUUACAUUUAGAACUCACCCUUUGGUUUUCGGUGCAUUAAGUACAUUUCAGUACGCACACACACAGACACGUGGAGCAACUGUUAACAUAAUCUGAAUGAAGCAGUCUGAUAUCUGCAGAAGCUCUGCAGAAAGGACAAAGUCAGUGUGAAUGAGUAUCUAUUUUAUGUUGUCACAGUCAACUGUGUCAAACAAUAAAUGUUUACAUAUUUUAUUACAUCAUAAAUAUGGUACUUUGUAGUUCAUUUAUUGUAUACAAGU